AUGGACGCGAGCGUCGUGCGCCUGGACGCGGCGAUCCGCGCGUGGGUGCUGCUGCCGAUCACGCUCGCGAUGUUCCUCGUCGGCGCGCUGCGACACCACGCGAUGCGACUGACGCGCGACGGCGGCGCGGCGGACGUCGUCGCGCUUCGCGAGGCGAACGUCGCGCGACGCGCGGAGCGGUGCCGGCAGUUCGCGGGAUACCUGCGACCGGGGGCGUUCGCGGCGAGGCGGACGUUUUACUGCGCGGCGGACGGCGGCGCGCUGCGAAAGAAGAGCGAAAAAGCGUCGCCGCACGCGGCGAUGCUGAGCGAUCCGACGGUGAUGACGAAAAUGAUGACGAAGAAUGCGAUGAUGAUGGCGCCGAACAUGCUGACGGCGGCGUGGGUGAAUUUUUUCUUCGCGGGAUUCGUGGUGGGGCGGACGCCGUUUCCGCUGACGCAGCGGUUUCGGGGGAUGCUGCAGCGAGGGGUGGCGCUGCAGAGCCUGGACGUGACGUACGUGUCGAGCUUGUCGUGGUAUUUCUUGAAUUUUUUUGGGUUGGGGGGGGUGUUUCAGUUGGUUUUGGGGGAUAACGAGUUGGACGACGCGGCGGCGAUGCAAAACGCGUUCGCGAGCGGGCUCAACGCGGACAAGGCGUUCGCGCACGCGUUGGAGGGGUUGGAGGCGUUGAAACACGAGUACAUGAUGCACAUCGCCGACGCGCGCGCGACGGCGAUGCUGCGCGCGCUGAACGAGGGUAAGAGUCCGCGCGAGGCGAGACUGGCGGCGGCGGCGGCGCGAUGA